CGUACUGUCACCUCCACGCGGUGAACCCUGGAAAUCGCGGAAGAUAGAAAGGUGAUUAAAAUGUGCAAAGUUAAAUCCGUGUCUGUGGUCAUGUCUCACGAUGGAUCACUUGUUUUGUACAUUUUAGCCUGAUAUUUAUACGUGAGCGAACGACAGACGUCUCAAGUCAAGGUGGAACAGCAUAUGCCGAGGACUGCGUGGCUAAGGGGGAGCUUAGUCGUUAGUAUGCGAGCUCUGGAUACCAGGCGCCCUCCAGUUUCCAAUUAGCCUUCCUAUGGUAUGCCGGGCUCUGCCAUGGGUGACUUUACUUUCCCGCGCCACUCGUGGGAACAACAAUGGAACCAAUAAACAAUAAAAAUAACAUAAACAAAGCUACAGGGUUUUCGGAACCAAUGCUAUUUUCGACUAACACAGGAGAGCAGUCACUUCGCACCGUAGUUGAAAACCCGUCAGUGCCUCCGAUGGAAGAGGAUAAACAAGAUCCUGUGGAACCAUUUAUUCAGAAACAGAAAGAGGAAUUGAACCCAUUGGACACCAGGAACAGAAAACAUCAUUUCUCUGGUGCCUCCAAGAGACGGAUCGCUGUAUAUAUUAGAGACGGAAUGUCUCCACAAGAAGCCCGUGAAUAUGAGAAAAAAAGACUAGAAAAUUUGAAGAAGUGUAUGGCAGAGGCUACACCCAGCCAUCCGCAAAAAAGAGAAAGGUCGGAAGGUAUCGCACCUAAUUCAGGAAUUUUAAAAAGAAUGACUACGGAAGACAGUGUUCAGAAUAGGACGUCUAGGAACACCUCUCAAACAUAUCCGACAAAGCCACCGCAUCGAGAUCCAACAACACAAACUAAAGUAGCCAUUGCUCAUGGUCUGCAUCCUGAUCACAAAUUAUCUGAAUUUCAAAUGGGAAAAAUUAAAGUAGCCAUAAUGGAUGAAAUGGACAAGCUAAAGGAUUUACAUCCGCAGUUCACUGCAGCAUCAGAAAGAGAUGGUUGGAUAUCUGUGACGUGCAACAACAAGAGCACAAAAGAUUGGGUAACCAGUGUUUGCAGUAAAAUCAAGCCUUGGGAAGGCUGUAACAUUAAGGUGCUGGACUGGUGGGACAUACCAAAACCACAUGUCUGCAUCGCAUAUGUCCCGAAGGAUGAAACUACCCGCAAUCUCUCCAAGGAAAAAUUCCUCAGUAGGAUAGCAAAGCAAAAUCCUGAGCUUCAAAUUAGUUCUUGGAGAAUAUUGAGAAUUGACAAGGAAAUGAGCGGAGGCACCUCCAUCACCUUCUCUACAGAUGACUCAGGCUUGAAUGGUCUGCGGAAAGUGGGGUUCCGCAUUUUCUUUAACUUUUUCCAAAUAACAGUGCGGGUUAAGGGGAAAAAAUUUACAGAUGUGGAGGGCAGGGCAGGUCCCUCCACUCAGAAAUCAACAUCCGUCACAUAGAACAACAAGUGCUUUAGGGGGACCAAAAGGGCUUAAAACCAUUGGAAAACCUGAACAUUCUGGGACCUGCUGGUAAAAAGCUGAAACAACGACCUCCAAAGCUUGUUGCACGAUAAGCUCCGAACAAAAAAAAAUUUCAAGAGGAAACUCUAAAUGGCAUUUAAAUAUCUAAAGAGAAUAACUCCAUAGGUAGCUGCCAAAAAAAAUACGAUGGCUGUUUGGUGUUUCUGACUAAAUCUGAAGUACACCACUAUUUUAAACGAAGUUCUGGUUCAUAUACCUUAAAUGAUUAACUUGAUAAUGCCCUUUUCCAGAAAUAUUGGGCAGUAUAGGUCUAAUGCUACAACGAGCUCUCAGGUAAUUUGUUGUUCGAAAACUUAAAUGGAUGAGAUCUCAUGGGAAUUUGACAGAGUUUUUUGUAUGCUUAUCUUAUAUUCCAGAGACAGCAUUCGUACAAAUGCAUAAAUGAGAGACCUUGUGAUUGUUUUGGUAGGAUAAACUACCAACUGACAAUUGGAAGUCUUAAAAAUUCCAACACAUUGUCUCAAAUAAAACGUAUAAAAAUAGGAGAGGUACAACAUUUUAUCCAUACAGAGAGGAACUUAUUUCAGAAACAUGGUAUAGAUGUUCGAAACUUUUAAUAAAAAAUAAAAUUAUCACUGGCACUAUGGUCCCAAAGCGCCCUUCCUCACCCCUCGGACAAGAUCAUCAAAAAAUUUAGAAUUUAGUUUAAAAAACUAACUGGAUUAAUACUAAAAAUUAAUGUUAAAAACACAAAAUUAGUUCUGUAUAUCUUGUGUAAUAAAAUGUAUCCGAUAUUUGUAACACAAA